AUGACGCAAGGCCACAUGGGGGCCGAUGAAACUCCCACACCACCUCGUGUCAGCACUAGAGGAUCAUGCUCUGCUGUAGAACCCAAUGAGUAUAGCGGUCAAUAUGAGCUGUUGGUUGAUGGGGAUCCCCCACGCAUUGUGGCUGUCGGACGAGUGCUUGAGGGAGGGGAGACCAUUCAUGGUGUUGCCAUAUUACCCCAGCACGUGCGUGUGACCAUUGACGAGGUUCGGGAUCCCCAGGCUCAGGUGCCUGUACCCACUCCAGAAAUUAACUUUGUGGGGGAGGCCAUAGGAACAUUUAUUGCCUGGCCUAGAGCAUUGAUCAUGUCCCACAUCGCGACUCCACAGUUCACACGUCCUCAGAAGCAGCCAAUUCAUGAUACAGUCAUACAUGAAGAUGAUGACAUGGCUGAAGCAGAGGAUGAUCCUAUAUCAAAGUUAGUGACAAAAUUACCCAGAUUGAAGAAAGCAUCAUUAGAACUAUACUGGGAUUUGAGGGUAUUUGGUCUUCCCCCACAUGUGCCAGUUUAUAUCACAUUUUCUGAUGCAUUGGAGGUGAUUGAGGGAGACAGGAUGUUGAAUAUUUCCAUCAUUCAGUUGUGGUGCAUGUACAUGGACACAAUCGUUGUAGACCAAGGUCGGUCUUCCAUGUACGGAUUUGUUGAACCUCAGACCAUUCAACCGUCUGGUAACACACUUCAAAACAGACAACAUUAUUUGCAAACAUGGAUGGAUGAGUCCAAAAGAGACAUAUACCUUGUGCCAUACAUUGACGGGUCUCACUGGCAGCUGAUGGUUAUCAUUCCCAAACAAUGUAAAAUUAUAUGGUUUUGUUCGUUGCACAGGAAGAUGAAAAAUGACUUGAGAACCAUGCUUCAAGGAGUUAUUGGUAAAUCUCGUGGUCAAUUGGUUCAAAUUUUGUAUCCAAAGGUUGUAAGUCAUUUAUAGUUUCUAAUUCAUUUAUGUUAUUGAAUGAUCUAAAUUUUUAACUAUUUAGUUUGUUAUUUUAGUGUAACCAGCAAGUAGAUUCAUGGGAAUGUGGCUUCUAUGUGAUGUGUUGGAUUAAGACCAUCAUUCGAGCUGUCAUUACAGAUGACUGGAAUGAGCGCUUCAAGACUACAUCGCCUAUUGCAGAGGACACAAUUAACCAGAUAAGGCAGGAGUGGACCGCUUAUCUUCUACAAAGAUGGAGUUAGGAAUAGUUAUAUUUCUUCUUGA